GGAAGAGUCAAAGGAAGCAUUACAAUUAAAAAUCAUUGUUAUUGGAGAGCCAAGUGUAGGUAAAACAUCAACCAUUAGAAAGUAUUGUCAUGGUGUAUUUGACCAAUUGUACCGUGCAACUAUUGGUGUUGAUUUUGCUGUUAAAUUUACAACAGUUGAUGAACGUGAUGUUGAACUUAGAUUAUGGGAUAUUGCAGGUCAGGAAAAGUAUAUUGCUAUGACUCGUGUUUAUUAUAAUGGAGCACAUGGUGCUAUUAUUAUGUAUGACCUCACUAAUCCAGAUACAUUUGCAGCUACUGAUAGAUGGAAGGAAGAUCUUGAGAAUAAAGUCAAAUUUAAUGAACAAUCAAUUCCUGCAUUAUUAGUUGGAAAUAAAGCUGAUUGUUUAAGUGAAGAAGAAUUAAAAAAGGCACAAGAAGACUUAAUGGCUAAAGUAGCAGAACAAAAGUAUUCAGAUGGUAUUUUAACAUCAGCCAAAAGUGGACUUGCAGUUGAAGAGGCAAUGGCAAAAAUUACACGAUUGAUAUUUAAACAAUUCUCUGAUCUUGUCAAUCCAAAACCUGAUGCUAAUAAUGUUGAUAUUUCCAAACAAGGUCAACAAACCCAAAAAGAAGGGGGAUGUUGCUAA